UUGUCAUCUGUAAUUUACUUUUCCAGAAGAAUUUGUUGUGAAUAAGGUAGACGUUGGUAUUUUCCAUAUAUACUUCGUAAGGAACAUUAAAAAGCAUAUUUAGUGCGUUAGAGAACACGCACCUACACAAACAUUGUAACAACAGUUGAGCAAAUUCGCCAAAAAAGCAGCAAUGUCUUGGCAAAGUGUACCACAAUACCCGCAGUACCAAGAUCCCAAUCAACAAUAUUUUGGAGGCGGUGGCUAUCCUCCACCAGGUGGCUAUCCACCUCAAGGGGGAUAUCCGCCCCAAGGCGGUUAUCCACCCCAGGGUGGCUAUGCUCCACAAGGUGGAUACCCAGGUGGUUAUCCACAAGGUGGAUAUCCACCACAAGGAGGAUAUCCUCCACAAGGGGCAUAUGCGCCUCAACCCGGCUUCGUUCAACCCCCUUCUGGAUAUGGGGCCUACGAUGAUCCCGAGAGUCAGCCCAAGAAUUUCGCCUUUGACGAUCAAAGCAUUCGCAGAGGAUUCAUACGAAAAGUGUAUAUGAUCUUAAUGGGCCAACUCAUCGUCACCUUUGGCGCUGUUUCACUCUUUGUAUUCCACGACGGUACCAAACAAUUUGCCGCUAGGAAUCCUUGGCUGUUCUGGGUGGCUCUGGCCGUGAUGCUUAUUACAAUGCUGAGCAUGGCUUGCUGCGAUAGCGUGCGACGCCAGACACCGACCAACUUCAUCUUCUUAGGAUUAUUUACGUUGGCUCAAUCGUUCUUAUGUGGUGUUACAGCUGGUCGUUUUAAUUCGACAGAGGUUCUAAUGGCUGUGGGAAUUACAGCAGCUGUUUGCUUAGCUUUGACCCUUUUCGCCAUGCAGACAAAAUAUGAUUUCACAAUGAUGGGCGGAAUUCUUGUCGCUUGUUUGGUGGUCUUCAUGUUAUUUGGUAUAAUAGCCAUGUUUUUCCCAGGCAGAGUAAUUACACUUGUCUAUGCCUCCAUCGGCGCUCUACUAUUUUCGGUUUAUCUAAUCUAUGACACUCAAAUGAUGAUGGGCGGCGAUCACAAGUAUUCGAUUAGUCCGGAAGAGUAUAUUUUUGCUGCUUUGAAUCUCUAUUUGGAUAUUAUUAAUAUUUUCCUCUACAUUCUUACUAUAAUUGGCGCUUCGCGAGACUAAUUUCAAUUGCCGCGCAUUUCAAAAAUUUGAUUACAGAAAUCAAGCAAUGCAACGUAGCUACAACUUGCUUAUUAAUAUUAUUUGGCACUAAAAUUGCAUUACCAAAUUCUAUAAAAUGUGGAAAUUUCCAACUUCAGCUAUAUCUCAUUUGUUACACAGCAAACUUGCUUAGAUCUUAAACUUUGUGAAUUUUUAUUUUCUGAGUUACCUUUUUCGACUAAAAAACUGUUUCGAAAUUAUUGAAUUAUAUUUUGAGUUGACAUUUUCGUUAUGUGGAUGGAGUAUUAUGUUGUUUAAGGCCUAUGCUUAGCUCCCAAGUAUGCAGAAGUCUGUUUAUGUUUUAAUAUGCAGUAUAGGCCUUCGGUUUAGCAUGAAUAAGUUACUUAAAUUUUUUGUUUGUUAUAUAUUUUGGAACAUGCUUUGAAAGUGCUCAAGAAUUGUUUCCAUACGAACUUACCUGAUUGAAUAUUAAAACCAAAAAAUUAUAUUACAUGCAACAAUAAAAACAAUUACUGAAUAUA